AUCAGCUUGACCUAUUGACCCUUGACCUGUCAAUUCAGCUGGUGAUAAUAUGUUGUUUGCUACGAAAAUGGAGGUGGACGCUGGCGACCACCGCCGUCCUGAGCGGACAAUCACGACACCAAAGCAUCUGAGAACCAAACCGGAUGUGAGGAAACACCAUAUUACCAAAUACGUCAAAAUCCAGAGGCUGCGUGAUGACGUCGACGCUUUAAUGCUCCCGGCGGAGCGGCGGCGGCGGCAGGAGGAGGAUGGAGCCGAGCAGAUGAAUGAGCUGCGGGCUGAUGACAGGAUGAACCGGCCGGCGGAGCGGCAGCGUCUCUCUUUGACAUCCCGGUGUGACACUUCGGAUAGACUACAAGCGGAGAAGAAGAAGAAGAUGAAGAAGAAGACGGGACAGCAGAAAAGUGCAAAGUUAUCUUUGUAAACGUUACAGAUUUCUGGCUGACGUCGACGUCCGUGGAGCUGUUGUGUUACAGGAGCACCGAGUGUUUUCUGUCCGCUGUCCAAAAACAGAGAUGAAGCUCCGUCUGGAGAGAAGAUGUCUACCAUCAUCAUCAUCACCUCCAUCACCUCCGUCACCGAGCGGUGCUGACCGGCUCACCUCAGUCAAACUGUCCGUUAAAGGAAUUUAAUGGCGAGAAACAGCCCGCGGCUGAAAGUGGGAUUAAUGGACGGUCGGUUUGUUGAGAUUGAGAGCUGAGAUUGGAGUUUUUUUUUUCCUCAGCGGUGGAUAAGAUAACUGUCUGUACAGUGUGUGUGUGUAGCUGCUCAUAUUUCAGUGUUGUCCUCUCUCUCUCUCUCACACACACACACACACACACACGGACACACACCAGCAGCAGCUAACGGAGGAUUCACUUCACGUUAAGCUAGCGACGGACGGAUAAAGCUCGCUAAUUUAGAGACUCUGCGCUGUUUUCACCGGUUAAACAUUCAUUUUAGUCUCUCCGGACGUUUUCUGUUUGGAUUUUUAAAACUUCAGCAGCUUGACUGAGACCAGCCUGCCUUCUCCUGUCAGUCUCCUCCACAGUCACAGCUCCAUGAAGAUAAUCCUCGUUUGUGCUCAAAAACUGAGGAGUUUGAUUUAAGCUAGCUGACGGGAGCUAGCGGCGGGCUCAUCAUGUAUGCACCGGCCAGCUCGCUCGGAUGAGACAGGUCCCAAAAUGAACCCCAGGACAUAACACCACCACCUCCACCUCCUCCACCACCAGAGAGCCAUGUCGGACUGAGAGCAGCGCCGCGGUGGAGGCUCCGUGAAGUCCCGACCAGCAGCGCGGCUGUAGCCGGAGACAGAGAGGGGGGAUCAGCUAGCCUCCAGCUGCUCACACCGCCCUCCUCCAGAGACCACAGACCGAGGAUCACUGUCGACUCAAGCCAGAAAAUCCAGCAACAAUGGGAGAGCAGCCCAUCUUCAGCACACGGGCCCACGUCUUCCAGAUCGACCCGUCUACCAAGAAGAACUGGGUUCCCACCAGUAAGCAUGCUGUCACCGUGUCCUACUUCUUCGACAGUACCAGGAAUGUAUAUCGGAUCAUCAGCCUGGAUGGAUCCAAGGCCAUCAUCAACAGCACCAUCACCCCCAACAUGACGUUCACCAAGACAUCGCAGAAGUUUGGCCAGUGGGCCGACAGCCGGGCCAACACCGUCUACGGCCUCGGCUUCUCGUCCGAGAGCCACCUGGCGAAGUUUGCAGAGAAGUUUGCUGAGUUCAAGGAGGCGGCGCGGUUAGCCAAGGAGAAGUCUCAGGAGAAGAUGGAGCUCACCAGCACUCCCUCUCAGGGUGCCGCUGUAAAGAGGAAUGUGUUGUCAAUCAGCAAACCUGUUAAAAAAAAGGAGUCAGCACCAGGUGACCUGCAGUCACCUUUGACCUCAGAGAGCAUCAACGGUACAGACGAUGAGAGAGUCACACCGGACACACCGCAGCACGUGGAGGCCAGAGCAGAGUCUUCCCAGAAUGCACUGCUCUUCUCACACAGUUCAUCCAGCAUCAAUAAGCACUGGGAGGCGGAGCUGGCGGCGCUGAAGGGGAACAACGCCAAGCUGACGGCGGCGCUGCUCGAGUCCACGGCCAACGUCAAGCAGUGGAAGCAGCAGCUGGCGGCCUAUCAGGACGAGGCUGAGAGGCUGCACAAGCGGGUGACGGAGCUCGAGUGUGUCAGCGGUCAAACGACGGUCAUCAAAUCCCAGAAGACGGAGCUGAACCGGACGAUAGAGGAGCUGGAGGCGGCUCUGAAGGCCAAGGAGGAGGAGCUAGAGAGACUGAAAGCGGAGGUGGAGAGUGCCAACGAGUUCCAGUCCCAACGAGACUCGCUGUCUCUGAAACUGCAGGACUCGGAGUCGAGGAAUCGGACGCUGGAGGCUCAGCUGAGCGAGCUGGAGCAGCGUCUGGAGAGCAGCCAGCGGGAGAGGGAGGCCUUCCGCAAGAGCCUCCGCUCGCUGCUGGAGCUGCUGGACGGAAAGAUCUUCGAGCUGACGGAGCUGCGAGACACGCUGGCCAAACUGCUGGAGGGCAGCUAGAGAGGAGACACCUCCUCGUCCUCGUCCUCGUCCUCGUCCUCCUCCUCCUCGUCCUCGUCCUCGUCCUCCUCCUCGUCCUCGUCCUCCUCCUCCUCCUCCUCCUCCUCGUCCUCCUCCUCCUCGUCCUCCU